AGUCGUGUGGACCCACCGCUGAGAGUAUUGCUGUAGCUACUCUCAAGAAGACUUUCGGGAGCUGCAACUCGCAUAGAACUGAGAAAAGCAUCGACGGUACUGCCUAUCGAGAGUGCCUGUGAAGUGGACACAAGUCUAACUAUAACGGGCCUUUAUUGACAUUUCGUGAAAAAGAAAGAACGGUGAGCCAUGGCUGGUGUCAACAUACGGGAGGCAAGGAAGACUGAUGCCAAGAAGAUCUUUGAGCUGAUGCAGCAACAAGCAGCAGAGCAGAAUACUGUCCUUCCAUCCCACCUCACUCAUGAAGUUCUGGCAGAGGGCGGCUGGGGUCCAGCAGCGGUGGUCAUGGCAUUUGUAGCAGAGAGGAAAGAGACCCAUGAAGGGGAACUGGAUGGGUACAUUCUGGCGCACCGUGGGUACACCCCUUGGUUGGGCCGCGCCAUGUACAUCAAGGAUUUAUAUGUGGUCCCUGCAUGCCGUCGCUUAGGUGUGGCAACACACUUGUGCAGAGAACUGAUGCAGGCUGCAGUCAACAUGGGAUGUAAUCAGUGUGACUUGAGGCUGCAUAAGGAAAACAGGGCAGCCAUGGAGCUCUUUGAGAAACUUGGUGCUGAGAAUGUUACGGAAUCUGAGGACUGGCAUAUCUUCUCCUUGGAUUUUAAGUCGAUGGAAAUGGAGACCAAAUAUGGAGGCCGAGGACACCCACAGGUGCGCCUAGCCACUUCUAAGGACAUGGCAGACGUGAUGGUCAUGAUUCAAGAGUUGGCGGACUAUGAAAACAUGUCUGAUGCUCCACAGAUUAAUGCUCACACUUUAGUGACCGACUCGCCACCUCAAGGCACAUUCUUCGAGUGCUUUGUGUCAGAGAUUGAUGGAGAGCUGGUGGGCUACGCGAUGUUCUACCCGACUUUCUCCCGUCAUGGGAUUGGUAUGUGUCUGGAAGACUUAUACGUGAAGCUAGACCACCGUGGCCAGGGCCUCGGGUCCGCCCUCAUGGCUCAGAUUGCUCAGCGUGGUGUUAAGCUGGGGGGCAGCCACUUUGAGUUUGUUGUGCUUUCCUGGAACACGCAGAGCAUCGCCUUCUACCAGAACAAAGGCGCCACUGACCUCACUGCCGAUACGGGUGUUCAGUUGUACCGCUUUGUUAACACUGCCAUGAGGAAAUGUGUCCGCGCUUUCACGUAGUUUUGUUGAGUCACGUUACUCCUUUUUAACAAUCAGAGUUUUUUUCUUUUUUUCUUUUUUUCUCAUAGUUUUAUCCCUUUUGCCCAAGAAAGCCUUAGCUUAUGAAGGGCUGUUUGUCUUGCCAUCACUUACAAGAAAUAAAUGUACGCUAUCUUUGACAAACAAAGUGUUUAAAUAUUUAAGUGUUUAAGUGUUUAAGUGAUAUUAGACAAAAUAAAUACGAACAAAACAGGAAACAGUACCA